GCUCCCCAGCAGCCCGGCCCGCGAGCUGGCACCGCCGGGAAUCCCGCUUGCUUCCAGUCCGGGGCGGCGCCUGGAGGCGGAGACGCCCGCGGGGCUAAAUGGGGCGGAGGCCGGGCUGGGUGGGGGUUCCCAGCGCCGCAGCCAUGGAGCAGCCUCGCGCCGCCGCCCGUCUGCAGAUUGUUCUGGGCCACCUCGGCCGCCCCUCGGCCGGGGCCGUCGUAGCUCAUCCCACUUCAGGGACUAUUUCCUCUGCCAGUUUCCAUCCUCAACAAUUCCAGUAUACUCUGGAUAAUAAUGUUCUAACCCUGGAACAGAGAAAAUUUUAUGAAGAAAACGGGUUUCUAGUAAUCAAAAAUCUUGUACCUGAUGCCGAUAUUCAACGCUUUCGGAAUGAGUUUGAAAAAAUCUGCAGAAAGGAGGUGAAACCAUUAGGAUUAACAAUAAUGAGAGAUGUGACCAUUUCGAAAUCCGAAUAUGCUCCAAGUGAGAAGAUGAUUACGAAGGUCCAGGAUUUCCAGGAAGAUAAGGAGCUCUUCAGAUACUGCACUCUCCCCGAGAUUCUGAAAUAUGUGGAGUGCUUCACUGGACCUAAUAUUAUGGCCAUGCACACAAUGUUGAUAAACAAACCUCCAGAUUCUGGCAAGAAGACGUCCCGUCAUCCCCUGCACCAGGACCUGCACUAUUUCCCCUUCAGGCCCAGCGAUCUCAUCGUUUGCGCCUGGACGGCGAUGGAGCACAUCAACCGGAACAAUGGCUGUCUGGUGGUGCUCCCAGGCACACACAAGGGCUCCCUGAAGCCCCAUGAUUACCCCAAGUGGGAGGGGGGAGUUAACAAAAUGUUCCACGGGAUCCAGGACUACGAGGAAAACAAGGCCCGGGUGCACCUGGUGAUGGAGAAGGGCGACACUGUUUUCUUCCAUCCUUUGCUCAUCCACGGAUCUGGUCAGAAUAAAACCCAGGGAUUCCGGAAGGCAAUUUCCUGCCAUUUCGCCAGUGCCGAUUGCCACUACAUUGACGUGAAGGGCACCAGUCAAGAAAACAUCGAGAAGGAAGUUGUAGGAAUAGCACAUAAAUUCUUUGGAGCUGAAAAUAGCGUGGACUUGAAGGAUAUUUGGAUGUUUCGAGCUCGACUUGUGAAAGGAGAAAGAACCAAUCUUUGAAAUAGCCAUCUGCUAUAACUCUUUCAACAGAAAACCAAAACCAAACAAAAUGUCUAAGGAAAAUGUUUUCUUAAUGAGAUGAUGUAACCUUUUCUAUCACUUGUUAAAAGCAGAAAACAUGUAUCAGGUACUUAAUUUCAUAGAGUUAGUUUUGCAGCACAAUGGUGUUGCUUUAAUGGAAAAAAAAACAGUAAAAGUGAAAUAUUACUGUUUUAAGGAAAACCAAUUUAGGGUGGCAGCCAAUAAAGGUGGUUGGUGUCUAAUUUAAGUGUUAAAUCAAUUUCUUUCAUUCAGUUAGCUCUUUACCCAAGAAGAAGUGAAUGAUUUGGAGCUUAGGGUAUGUUUUGUAUCCCCUUUCUGAUAAACCCAUUCCCUACUGAUUUUAUGUCAUAAGAGAUUUUUUUUCCCCCAAAUCUAGAACAAUGUAUAAUACAUUCACAUUUAGUCAAGGGCAUAGGAAGGGUGUCAUGGAGUCCAAAUAAAGUGAAUAUUCCUGCUCGGACAA